GACCCCGACGUGAUUCGCGUAAACGGAAAAAUUAUUUUGUCGAAACUACUAGAUUUAGACAAAAACAUUAAUUCGCUACGAUUCGCUUUAUUACGAAAAUCGAAAGGUUAUUAAAUCGACCUCGUUACUAAAAUGCCUGAUUCGUCAGCCAGUGAUGCUCGUGUGAAUUCCACAUUUUACAAGCGCAAGGUAGCAGCGCUCACAAGGCAGCUCGAUGAUAUUCGCACAACCCUGGCCCCGGAAAGGCUACUUGAGCUAGAUUCAGCAGCACUCGCUGUGUGGCUUGAACAGGUUGAACGUAUAGAAAGAAAUUUUGACGGCGUCCAAACGAAGCUUGAAGAGCUUGACCACAUGGAAUUGGAGAGUAGCGCCCGUUCGGAUUUUUUUCGUGCAUAUGCAGACAUCAAAACUUCCAUAGUUAAGGAGCAAAAUGAACGGCAAGUAAACGAAAAACGUCAAUCGUCUACAGCGCGGCAGUUUUCGCUCGACGAGCCAUCGUCCUUCAUCAUAACUCAGCCAAAAUCGCGCCUACCCGUACUUCAAAUCCCUAAAUUUAGUGGGUCAUAUAUCGACUGGCCUGACUUCUAUUCAAUGUUUUGCACCGUGGUGGACAAGGACUCCGACCUUACAAACAUUGAGAAAUUCCAGCAUCUGCGUUCCAGCUUGACAGCUUCGGCCUUAGACACAAUUCGUUCACUUGAAAUAAAAGACGAAAAUUACAAAACAGCUUUGGAAUUAUUAGUUCAUCGUUUUGAUAACAAACGCUUGAAUUUUCAGGCCCAUAUCAAAGAAAUAUUUGCGCUUCAAAGGAUAGAACCUGGAGCCGUCGCGAAACUUCGUGAAUUAAGCGAUAAAGUCAACGCACAUUUGCGUGCACUUCAAACCAUGGCAACGAAAGAACAGCUUUCCGACUGUAUGCUUAUCCACCUCAUCUGCAGUAAGCUCGACAUAUCAUCGCAGACUAAAUGGGAAGAAGAAACACCAACUAACAUCAUACCAACCUGGGAUUCAAUGGCAAGAUUUCUAGAGAAGAGAUGUCAGCGGUUGGAGAGUGUGGAAG